GCGAGACGUAAUUCCUGGCAAAAUAACUUGUAAUUUGUUCAUCUGGGCUUUCAUCCAGAGAAGUCCAGGGGCGGAUUCUGAUCAUAAAACAUCAAAAAGGAAAGUCCCGGCUAAUUUUGAAGGACGGGAGGUUUUUAGAGACCCUGCGCUGAAUAAUAGUUAACAAAGUAAUCGCCUCUAUAUUCGAUUGCUCACUCAUACAGAGUAAAUAUCGUUUUUCCCCCGCCCCAGUAUUUUUUUUUUAUUUGCAGCUUCCUAUCCGAUAGAUUGCUUCCAGUCUCUGGUGCUAAAGUUUCAGAUCGUUUAGAGCCAUGGGGAAUGGGAUGAAUAAGAUACUUCCUGGUUUGUUCCUUGGAAAUUUUAAAGAUGCUCGCGACACUGAACAACUACAACAGAAUAACAUAACACACAUUCUUUCAAUCCACGACAGUGCUCGGCCCAUGCUGGAGGGAGUAAAAUACCUAUGUAUCCCUGCUGCAGAUUCACCCUCACAGAAUCUAGCCAGACACUUUAAAGAAAGCAUUGCCUUUAUCCAUGAAUGUCGGCUUAGAGGUGAGAGCUGUCUUGUCCACUGCCUUGCCGGUGUUUCCAGGAGCUCAACCUUGGUUGUGGCCUACAUAAUGACAAUCACUGAUUUUGGCUGGGAGGAUGCAUUGUCUGUUGUCCGAGUGUCCAGGUCAUGUGCCAACCCAAAUGCGGGCUUCCAGCAACAGCUUGAAGAGUUUGAAAAAAACGAAGUGUCCCAGUUCAGAGAUUGGCUUAAAGCAGAGUAUGGCGAAAACCCUUUGCAAGACAGACAAGAAGCCCAGACUCUUCUGCAGAAGUACAGAGUCCAUGCAGCCGCUCAUUACAAAGAUUUCAGGAAGGCAGUGGAAUGAUAAUGUUGCUUCGGUGACUGCUGAUCAUUUAUUGUAACAUUCAAGAUGUAGUCACAGCUAAGCAGGGAAACUUGCAUUCGUGUCUUCCUGCACGUGCUGAAAAAGGAUUGCUUAGAAAGGGAUAACUGGGGGGAGGGUGCAGGGACUAUUUGGGUUGUUAUAAUACACAUGUCUUUCAAUAUUCGAGGAGCGGGACUCCAGAACAUGGUUGAUCUUGCCUUUAUUAUGUGGUGUGCCCACUCUCUUCCAGUGGUGUGAAAACAGCAUGCCGCUCUCUGAUGGCCAAAUAAAUUUCUACAGAUCCCUGCUCUUCAGGCUGCCUUCAUAGACAGGGUUUGGCACAGCUGCACUUUUCAAAGUAGGUAGGGUUUUUCUAAAGGGGGGAAUGUGUGCCCCAGGGAGAAACUUGUACUCAACGGGAGUUCUGGUUUCGCUGCAGCCAGGCCCACAGCAGAAGAAGAUGCCUGUUUAAAAUAGCAGCUUUUUCUUCAGCAGUGGGAAAUGUUGCAGCCAAAUUAAGAAGCAAGGCUCUGAUUGUAUGCAUGGUUGCUGCUGUCAUGCAUAUAUUUUCUUUUAGAAAUGAUUUUUUUAAGUGAAUCCUCUAGAAUGUCUGUUUUAAUUGACUGAUACAAAAAUAUUACAGAUAACGUUGCAGUAUUUAUUGCCCUGGCAUUUGUCUCACAGAAGCUGUUCACUCUGUUGCUUUCUUCCUUUUAAUACUUCAGCAAUGGAGGACUCUGAAAGUAUAUUGGAAUGUACAGAAUAUAUUUAAAGAUGAAGACAGAAUUGUAAUGGCUACCGUGCUAUGUUGAAAAUGCCCUGGAAAUACUACUGAAAAGAAUAUUUUAUUGUAUACUAGGUAUCUUGAUGAAGUUUCGCGUUUGAUUGCUUUUCUCAGUGGAAUAUAUUCAAUAAAAGCUUCAGGGUUUUUAAAAAAUAAAGUGUGAUGUAUGUCACCA